GUUGUGCUUUCUUUUUUAUUAUUCGACACCAAGAAAAAUCGAAAGUGAACAUUCCGAUGAUGUCGUGGAACAGGUUACGACUGAAAAUGGACGGUGACGGCGAGGAGUUGACGGCGCACGAGACCGCUUUGUACGACCGUCAAAUUAGGGUUUGGGGAGCUGAUGCUCAAAGAAGAUUAAGCAAAGCUCAUGUCUUAGUUUAUGGAAUGAAAGGAACUGUGGCUGAGUUUUGCAAGAAUAUUGUUCUUGCUGGAGUAGGUAGUUUGACUUUAGUAGAUGAUCGGGUGGCCACUGAGGAAGCACUUGUCUCGAACUUUCUUUUUCCUCCUGAUGAAAAUGUGUUUAGUGGAAAGACCCUCGCUGAGCUUUGUUGUAAUUCACUUAAAGACUUCAAUCCUAUGGUUCGCGUUUCCGUGGAAAAAGGUGAUUUGUCAAGUUUUGAUAUAGAAUUCUUCAACAAGUUCGAUGUUGUUGUUGUCAGUUGUUGCUCACUUUCAGCCAAAAAAGUUGCUAAUGAGAAAUGCCGGAAGCUAUCAAAACGUGUAGCGUUUUAUACUGUUGACUGUAGGGAUUCUUGUGGAGAAAUUUUUGUUGAUUUGCAGGACUAUAAAUAUUCAAAGAAAAAGGAGGAGGAAACUAUUGAAUGGCAUCUGCAAUAUCCAUCUUUUGAGGAUGCAUUAUCAGUACCUUGGAGGACACUUCACAGGAGAAUGUCAAAGCUGUACUUUGCUAUGAGAGUAAUAGAAAAGUUUGAAGAGGCUGAAGGACGUAGUGCAGGGGAAGUUUCAAUUGCAGAUCUUUCUGGUGUUCUCAAGCUGAAAAAGGAGCUUUGUAGUACACAAUCUCUCAAUGAUUCUCAUGUGCCUGAUGCUCUUCUAGAAAGAUUGGUGAGAAAUACAACAGAAUUUCCGCCAGUUUGUGCUAUUAUUGGGGGAAUCCUUGGACAGGAGGUUAUCAAAGCAAUUUCUGGAAAAGGAGACCCCCUUAAAAAUUUCUUCUUUUUUGAUGCUUUUGAUGGGAAGGGCAUUAUAGAAGACAUUUCACUUUCAAAUGAUACAAGUUAAUGACAUAUCUGGGAAGUGUUUUAUGUCUGAGGCAGCAGCAAUCUAUAGUGGAGAGGGAACUUUUGCCAAAAGAGCGCAGAAAACUAGUAAAUUUCAACAGAUAUUUAUGAGGAAACUGACCCUGCUCCCUUAUUAACUGCUCAUAUGUAGUUUUCAUAGUUGCUAAUUCAUCUAGGCUAAUGAGAAUUUAGAAUUAGAAUGGUCUAGUUAUGUAGACACGAAGUGUAUGUAUGCUCUGGACUGUCUAUUAUCCUUCAUCAUCAAGCAUAUACCUUUGAAGUUAUGAAGCUUAAUGAUGGUUCAGAAUAAGCUCAUUAUGUUUAUGUAGUACUCUAGUAAAGUAAAUGUGGCUAAUUAUUUUCUAUAACGAUGCAUUUUGUUGUAAUUGAUGACAUUAUUAGUAGGACUUGGCACUCAGAACGGUAAAAACAGGAGUUGUGAUAUUUGUUCAGAUUUGCAAAUUUACAAUCAGCUCACCAUAUACGGCCAUUU